AUGUCUGCAAUCUACAAGGCCCUCACGGGGUCGAAAGAGAUGUCCCAAACUAAAGGAUCAAAAGUUUCAAAAAAAAGAGUUAACAGGCAAAGAGUGCUGCUCAUAUCUUCAAGGGGUGUUACAUUUAGACAUCGCCAUCUUUUGAACGAUUUAUACGCUUUACUACCACAUUCAAGAAAAGAACCAAAGUUGGAUACAAAGAAAUCGCUUUAUGAGUUAAACGAGCUUGCCGAGUUGUACAACUGCAAUAACAUAAUGUACUUUGAAGCUCGUAAGCAUCAGGAUUUGUACAUGUGGCUUUCGAAGCCACCUAAUGGACCUACGAUCAAGUUCUACAUCCAGAAUUUGCACACUAUGGAAGAGCUCAACUUCACGGGAAACUGUCUUAAAGGUUCGAGGCCCAUUCUCUCGUUUGACAAGGCUUUUGACAUGGAUGAAAAGUAUCAACUCAUGAAAGAGAUGUUCACACAGCAGUUUGGUGUUCCACCUCGUGCAAGGAAGUCAAAGCCAUUUAUUGAUCAUGUUAUGACAUUUUCCAUCGUCGAUGAGAAGAUAUGGAUCAGAAACUACCAGAUUAACGAGCCAAAAGAGGUGCAAACCGAUCCAAAUGCAGAAGAUGAUGAGCAGCAGCAAAUCAGUUUGGUUGAAAUUGGACCCAGACUCGUGCUUACGCCAAUAAUCAUCCUUGAAGGUUCAUUUGGAGGUCCGAAGAUCUUCGAAAACAAGCAGUAUGUGUCGCCAAAUGUUGUCAGAGCUCAGUUGAAGCAGAAAGCUGCAGAACAAGCCAGAGACAGGCAGCAAGAUGCAGUUGAUAAGAAGGUGAGGAAAUCCAGCCGUGUGGCUAAGAAGAACCCAUUGUCUAAUGAUGCUCUUUUCAAGGAGUAG